AUGUCCGCUACGUUGAAUGUGUUGAGAUACUCCGCCUUAGGAGCUGGUGUUUUCUAUGGUGCCUACCACAGAUACUCAUUGGAGUCUUCAUUUGCCAAACAACAGGCUGCUAAGCAAUGGCAACGCGAAGAAAAAUUGAUUGCCCAAGCUAAAGCAGAAUAUCAGAAAUUGACCAACCCACAAGUAUCAAAACCUGCAACUUCUACCCCAGGAUCUAUCAAUUGGGAGGAUCCAAACUUGGAUUUGGGUAAAGCUUUGGAAUCUUUGAUUGCAACAUUGGAUUAA